AUGUCGUGCUACAUAUUAAAGUCCCUUCCAAUCAAGCACUUAAAAGGAAGGACGAGCGAAGCCGUUCACAUCGACCUACAAAAGAUCCUUAUUGCGAAUAGAACAGCGUUGCUAAGUACGAAGACCUACGCCUUUACGCACUCGUCGGACGGCGCCCAGCUCCUUCUUGAUAAGAGUGAUCACCUUGCCGUUGACUCGCUUAAGAGCCGCAAAGCAGUUCUUAUGACUGGCUUCGUACGAGCCGUGGCAGUUUGCACAGCGAAGGAGUGCCGUGCAGUCUUUGCCGUCGGGCCCGUCGUGCUAGUCUCUUCGCUCGCCGUAGUAAGAGCAGCGUGCGUACCGAGUGCACUUGGCCGAGUUACACCAGCCGAAGCAGCCAAGGUCGUGCUUCUUAAUAAGUUGCUUCUUAUCGACCAACCGAGAGUAGCUGCUGCAGCCGAACAACUUAAAGCUGCGGACCUCUUUUAA